AAAAGAUAUAUUUCUCUCUGUUUCCCGCUAAAAUUCUCUCCCAAAUCUUGAUCGUGAAAUGGCUAAUGAGCAAUCUCUUUCAAAAUGGAGGAAGAAGAUAAUCCUUUACAGUUUCAUGCCAUCAAACGCUGAAGAAGAAGCCGUCAGAGUUAACAACACAUCACGGCUAAAGAUUCCCGAGCUAGUAGAGACAGGCUCUCCCCUGAUAUUCGAUUGGAAAAACCCAUGGAAGAUCAAGAAAAAGAUUACCCCUCAAAUUCUCCAUCAACGAAAUCUGGUCAUUUCAUAUUUCGAGACGUUUGAGUACAUUCUUCCAUACAUGACGUUGAACUCUGGCAAACUAUUGGUGAAGGGGUCCGUGGGUCUUUUUCGUGCGUGGGACGUAUCGAAUGAUAUUAAGUUUUAUGGAGAUACAAAAUUUAGAUUUUGGAAGCUGACUAAUCAUGAUGAUGACUAUUCUCUAUCAUUCAACGUUCAAGGAUUGGGUGUUGGUGAUGAAAUUGGGUUAUGUUUCAAUCCUGAAGAUCAAGAGUUUAUGUUCAAAGUACUUUCUAAGCUUUGUAGGAAGAAGACAUUCUCUUACAAUUUCAUCCCAUCAAGAACUGAAGAAGAAGAAAACAACACAUCAUGGGUAGUGACUCGAGAGCUAAAAGAGACAGACCCUCCCCGGAGAAUCCAUUUGAAUAACGUUAGGCACAUGAUGAAAAAGAUUACCAUUGAAGAUCUCACUUUUGGAGAGCUGCGGAUUGCAUUUUUCGCGACGUUUGAGUACAUUCUUCCAUACUGGAAUUUGGAGCUGGCAACAAGUUUGGUGAACGGGAACAUGGUGCGUGUUGGCUUGUGGGAUGUAACGGAGCAGAAUGGCAGGCCUAAUAGGUAUAAAGGUGGAAGUUUUACUUUUAGGAAGCUGCGUAAUGAUGACUACUCUCUAUCAUGCAUGAGAUUGAUCAAUGAUCGCGGAUUGGCUGUUGGUGAUGAAAUUUCGCUAUGUUGGGAUCCUAGGUGUUCAAAGUUUAGAUUCAGCUUACUUUCUAAGGUUUGUAGGAAGAAGACAUUCUCUUACAAUUUCAUCCCAUCAAAAACUGAAGAAGAAGUUAACAACACAUCAUGGGUAGUGACUCGAGAGCUAAUAGAGACAGGCCCUACCCUGAUAAUCCAUUCAAAUAAAAUCAUGAGGAAAAAGAUUACCUAUGAAAAUCUCGUUUUUGGAGAGCUUCGGAUUUCAAUUUUUGUAACAUUUGACUGCAUUCUUCCAUACUGGAAGUUGGAGCUGGCAAGAAGUUUGGUGAAGGGGAACGUUGUGCGUGUUGACUUGUGGGAUUCAACAGAGAAGAAUGGCACUAAGAAGUAUGAAGAUGAAAGUAUUACUUUUAGGAAGCUGCAUAAUGAUAACUAUUCUCUAUCAUGCAUGAGAUUGAUCAAUGAUCGCGAAUUGGGUGUUGGUGAUGAAAUUGGGCUAUAUUGGCAUCCUAGGUUUUCAAAGUUUAUUUUCAAAUUAAUUUGUAAGGUUCGUGAUUCAAUUAGGCCUGUAUAAAUUGGGAGAUCUUCAAGUUUAAUGUUGAAAAUUCCGUAAAUGAUUCAAGAAUUAGGACAAAAAAGUUGGAAUAUAUGAUAAUUUCUGCACAUACCCAAAUUUUGUCUUCUUAAUCUGUUAUUCGAUGAGUUUCAAUUCAUCCUAUGGGAGAUGUUGUGCUUCCAAUCUUGAAUGUCUGUAAUUUAGUGCCUG